AUGUACGAUAACGACCGCCAGGAUGUCUUCUCACCUGCUUCAGUGUUCCAGAUGCAGCAUUCUGCACAACAUGGAGGGCAGCGAGGUCCAGCUCGCGAGCAUGGGGUUCAGCAUAUCCAGCCUCAGCAGUUCUUUGCCCCGCAGUCUCAAAUGCCGCGCCAGAAUGGACAAAGGGCCCAGCCGCAGUAUCCACGCAUGGACACAUUCGCCUUUGGCAUGAGUGUUCCACAGUACUCGCCAGUCAACAGCCACUUUGGCCCACCUGGCUAUGCUAUGAACGGAGCUGGCCACGACUAUGGUCAAUUUGCUCGCCGAGUCACAGAGCCCGCUCCAGUGCCUUCGUUCCCUAGGGGCCCACCGCGCAAGCCGAAGCAGUCUGGCCAUGCACUCUGGGUCGGCAACCUACCACCAGCCGCGAACGUCACCGACCUCAAGGAUCAUUUCUCGAGAGAUGCAACAAAGGACAUCGAAAGCUUGUUCUUGAUCUCGAAGAGCAAUUGUGCUUUUGUGAACUACACAAGCGAAGCAGCUUGCGCAGCCGCGAUGAACAGGUUUCACGACUCUCGCUUCCACGGUGUGCGAUUGGUCUGUCGCCUGCGCAGGGGUUCGACCACAAUCCUGGCUCUGGCCAAAAGUGUCGAUGAGACAUCGAGCCCUAGCCCCUCGAGCGAGAAACCUUUAACACCCUCAGGAGUCAUGCUAUCAGCCACUCCAGAGAGCCCCGUAAUCGUAGGCACCCCACAACUCGCUGAUGGCUUAGGGGUGGCCACGGACGAAUCUGCCAUUUCUCCAUCCGUUGACACCACGAAGGUCCCUGAGAAGUACUUCAUCAUCAAGAGCCUGACGGUGCAGGACCUGGAGGCAAGUGUACGAAAUGGCACCUGGGCGACACAGUCGCACAACGAGACUGGCCUGAGUCGUGCUUAUGGCGAAGCAGAGAACGUCUACCUGAUCUUCUCAGCAAACAAGUCUGGCGAAUACUUUGGUUACGCUCGGAUGUCAUCACCAAUUUCCGGUGAGCCGGUCAAUUUGGGCUCUUCAAUAGAGACAGACGAAGCGAAGACGACUGGCACGCCACGGUCGAUCUCGACUCCAGCCACCGAGUUCGCGCCCAAGGGCCGGAUCAUUGACGAUUCUGCUCGCGGUACGAUCUUCUGGGAGGCAGACAUUUCUGAUGUCGAGGAGGACUCGCCGGUGAGGGAGGGGAACGACGUUAGUAGCGGACAGCACUGGGGCCGUCAAUUCGGCAUCGAAUGGGUGUCGACAGCAAGGUUGCCGUUCUUCCGCACCAGAGGUCUGCGGAACCCUUGGAAUGCCAACCGUGAAGUCAAGAUCGCGCGCGAUGGAACAGAGCUUGAGCCGAAUGUGGGUCGCAGGCUGGUUGCGAUGUUUCACAGACCUGCGCCGGUGAAUCAAGGCGGGCCUGGUAUGUCGCCUGUUGGUAUGCAUUUCCACCGUUGA